AUAAAUCAAUAUAUAUCUCAUUAUUUUAUGCCCCCACAAAGUAAUUAUCGAUUUACAACUUCUCUUGCCCCUUUUCUUCGUCGAGCUCUCAGCUUUUUAAUUACGCGACCCCUUAUUCAUCGUACGCAGUCGUUGCGCUGCCGCUGCUUGGUGGUGGAUCCGCCGUCUUCCGUUAGCAGAUUUGGAUCGACAGAAACUCGCUACUGUUUUUGCGUUGCUGAGGAAUCAUGUUUGGAAGCAACCCUUUUGGGCAGUCGUCCAGUAGCCCAUUUGGGUCUCAGCAACCAGUUUUUGGUCAGAAUAAUAAUGCUAAUAGCAACCCAUUUGCUCCGAAACCCUUUGGUAGCACGAGCCCUUUUGGUUCACAGACUGGGGGUUCCAUUUUUGGCGGCAUGUCUACUGGUGUAUUUGGCGCUCAAUCUUCUUCUCCUUUAGGUUCCAGUUCUGUUUUCGGUGCUUCAUCAUCACCUGCUUUCGGAAGUUCAACACCGGCAUUUGGAGCUUCACCUGGUUCUGCUUUUGGGAACUCAUCUUCAGCAUUUGGUGGUUCAUCUGUGUUUGGGCAGAAGCCUAAUUUUGGUGGUUUUGGAUCUACUAAUACUCAAUCAAGUCCUUUUGGAAGUUCGACGCAACAAUCACAACCAGCCUUUGGGAGCAAUCUUUUUGGUUCAACGACCCCUUUUGGUGCUCCAAGUCAAUCUGCAUUUGGUUCAUCAAGCACUACUGCAUUUGGGGCACCAAGUACAUCAGCUUUUGGUGGGACUAGUAGCGCUCCCUUUGGUUCUACAGCAAGCCCUACUUUUGGUAGCACGAGUGGUGGCUUCGGUGCGUCUACUUCUCCUUUUGGGUCUUCAACUCCAGCAUUUGGCGCUUCUACGACACCUGCAUUUGGUACCACAAGCGGCACACCCGCAUUCGGUGUUACCCAAAGCGCUACUCCAUUCGGUGCCACAACUGCUUCUCCAUUUGGUGCCACAGCUGCUACUCCAUUUGGUGCUUCAACCACUCCUGCUUUAAACUUUGGAUCCAGUCCAGCAUUUGGUCAAUCAAGUUCUGCGUUUGGAAGCAGCCAGUUUGGUGCAACAUCACCCUUUGGAGGUCAAAGUGCUUCUUUUGGAGGGCAGACUACGACCCCAGCUUUUGGUAAUCAGGGUUUGGGCCAGUCUACAUUUGGAGCGCAACGAGGGGGAAGCAGAGUAUCUCCGUACUCAGCAACACCUGAGACUGAUGGUGCCAAUGGGACACAGCCAGCUGGAAAAUUAGAAUCUAUUUCAGCCAUGUCGGUCUACAAAGAUAAAAGCCACGAAGAACUUAGAUGGGAGGACUACCAGCUAGGGGAUAAAGGUGGGCCAGCUCCUGCCGGUCAGGCAACUGCUGCUGCUGGCUUUAAUACUUCAGGCUUCGCAUCGUCAUCUACUCCUGCAUUUGGACAGUCAUCUGCAAAUCUUUUGUCAUCUUCAACAUCUUCCAAUCCAUUUGCUCCCAAAACCCCAGUGUUUAAUAGCACAGGGUUUGGACCUACACCCACUUCGACAUUUGGGUCUUCACCUUUUGGGACAUCAACUACAUCUAACCUAUUUGGUUCGACAUCGUCAGCACCAUCCUCAAUAUUUGGAUCCACUACUCAAACAUUUGGAGCGAAUACUUCCCCGUCUCUUUUUAGCUCUUCCAGCACAGCUCCUUUUGGGUCACCUUCUGUUUUUGGCACCACAUCAGGUCAGGGGACUGCAUCUGCAUUUAGUGGUGGCUUGGGUUUUGGCAACACUCAGUCCUCCCCAUUAUUCCAAUCAACUACACCUACACUUGGGCAGACUACUUCUACUUUUGGACAAACGCCCUCUGGUUUCGGACAAACUGCACCAGCGUUUGGUCAGGCGAAUUUAUUUACUACACCAUCAACUGGCUUCAGUGGAAAUAUGUUCUCCAGCACUCCGUCAAUGCCAAAUAACAAUAACACUUUGGGGUUUGGUCAAACAACUCCCUCUACCACACCAUUUCAAUCUGCACAACCGGCUCAAGGUUCUGGUGGCUUCUUCAGCAAUUUUGGUCAGACGCAAGCAGCUGCUACAAGUGGCUUUGGCGGCACCCCUGGCGGCACCCCUGGCAUGUUUAGCAAUAAUACAUUUGGACAACCGCCAAGUACUCAGAACGCUGUGAUUCCACAGCAAGCCCCAAUAACAAACCCUUUUGGAACUUUGCCAGCAAUGCCCCAGAUGUCAAUUGGUCGCACAGGCAAUUCUCCUUCAAUUCAGUAUGGAAUUUCGAGCUUGCCACAGGUAGUUGAAAAACUAGCUCCUGUGAGGAUAUCAUCUCUUUUGACGUCAAGACACCUUUCUCAAAGGCGUAUUAGGCUACCUGUUAGACAAUACCACCCUAAAACUGAUGGUCCAAAGGUGCCAUUUUUUAAUGAUGAUGAAGAAACACCUAGCACGCCAAAAGCGGAUGCUCUUUUUGUUCCCAGAGAGAAUCCAAGAGCUCUAGUAAUUCGCCCAUUGGAACAGUGGCAUUCUAGAUCCAGUGCAGAGAAAACGAAGGCCACCGAUGCUCCUAAGCAUGAAAAUGGUAAAGUGCGUCGAGAUGAUUUUAACUCUACAAAUGGGCACAUGACCAAGGACAAAGAUGCUGUCCCCACUGAAGAUCACCCAGUGGCAAACGGCCACACUAAGGAACAAGAAGCAUCUCAUACAAAAGGGAACCAAAAAACAAACGGUUUCUCCACAGCGGAAAAGGGAGACUCGUACAUCACACUCACAGGCCAUCGAGCAGGCGAAGCAGCAAUCGUCUACGAGCACGGAGCAGACAUUGAGGCACAGAUGCCAAAGCUCCGCCACUCCGAUUACUUCACAGAGCCACGAAUUCAGGAGCUGGCGGCAAAGGAGAGAGGCGAGUCUGGCUUCUGCCGCCACGUGAAGGACUUUGUGGUCGGCAGACAAGGCUAUGGCAGCAUCAAGUUCUUUGGUGAGACAGAUGUACGAAGGCUGGAUCUCGAAUCACUCGUACAGUUCAAUAAUCGAGAGGUGAUAGUUUAUAUGGACGAGAGCAAGAAACCACCCGUUGGGCAAGGUCUUAACAAACCCGCUGAGGUGACGCUUCUUAAUAUAAAAUGUUUCGAUAAGAAGACUGGUCAACAGUACACUGAGGGGCCAAGAAUUGAAAAGUACAAAGAGAUGCUUAAGAGGAAAGCUGAAGAUCAAGGGGCGGAGUUUGUUUCUUAUGAUCCGGUCAAAGGUGAAUGGAAGUUCAGAGUCAACCAUUUCAGCGUGUAUAAGUUUGGAGACGAAGAAGAUGAUCUGUGUUAGGGGAAUGUGUUGGUUAUGUGGGUUUGAGUUUGCAACGUGUAAAAAUUUUCAGCUUUUCAUGGGUUUACUUUGUUGAUGUCGUUUUUUUUUCUUUUAUGGUUUCUUGGUUUGGAUUGUUUUUGCUAUUGUUAUAUAGUUGGACAAUGUUUAUACCUUUUUCGUAGUGCAAAAUGUUGAAAUAUUGUCUUUGAAUGGUUUUUUUU